CCCAAGGAAGUGUCCCCGGCCCCCAACUCCACCAGCGCUGCCUCCCCUUCAUCCUCCGCCGGGGCCCGGCAGGAGGACAAAGACAGCAUCAAGUACCAAGUGUCACUGUCGGAGGGGAUGAAGAUGGAGAGCGCCAGCCCGCUCAGAAGCAGCCUCACCAGCAUGGGGGCCCAGCCCUCCACCCACCACCCCAUCCCUACCUACCCCUCCUACGUGCCGGCCGCACACGACUACAGCAGCAGCCUCUUCCACCCUGGCAGCUUCCUGGGGGGCCCCGCGUCCAGCUUCACCCCCAAGCCGCGAAGCAAGGCCCGAUCCUGUUCGGAAGGCAGAGAGUGUGUGAACUGUGGAGCAACUGCCACCCCUCUCUGGAGAAGAGACGGCACCGGGCAUUACCUGUGUAACGCCUGCGGGCUCUACCACAAAAUGAAUGGUCAAAACCGACCUCUCAUUAAACCCAAACGAAGGCUGUCAGCGGCUAGGAGAGCAGGGACUUGUUGUGCCAACUGUCAGACGACCACCACGACCUUAUGGCGACGUAACGCAAACGGGGACCCAGUUUGUAAUGCCUGCGGACUCUACUAUAAAUUGCACAAUGUGAACAGGCCUCUGACCAUGAAAAAGGAAGGAAUUCAGACCAGGAAUAGGAAAAUGUCCAACAAAUCAAAGAAAAGCAAGAAAGGCUCUGAGUGUUUUGAGGAACUGUCCAAGUGCAUGCAGGAGAAAUCGUCUCCCUUCAGCGCUGCUGCCCUUGCUAGUCACAUGGCACCCAUGGGGCACUUGCCACCUUUCAGCCACUCUGGACACAUCCUACCAACACCUACCCCCAUCCACCCAUCUUCCAGCAUCUCAUUUGGACAUCCGCACCCAUCCAGCAUGGUUACAGCCAUGGGAUAGAACCUGAUGACCGAGAGACCCACUCAGAGAUUAAGAACAUGGGGCUUUACCUAAGACGACACCAAGUAAGAAAACGUUCUGUCAAGAGGAGAAUGUAGGGAUGGCAAAAGGGAAUCUUUGCUCCCAUGUGGUUUAACUCGUAAUGACGGACUAAAGCCUUGCAAAUGAUGAUGGGUCUUCUGCAGAAACGUAUAGUGGUGCCUGUAAUGCACUUUGCCCCCUCAGGUAUAAGGAAAAAGAACUCACCUGUUCGAUACUUAAUGGUCCAGCAGGAAGCAAAAGGUGGCAGAAGCUGAAGGAAAAGUCUUGGAACUGGCUUUCCUUUCUCUCUUUGUUAUUACUGUGAAUAUUGUAAAGAGAUAUAAGUAGCUUCCCAGGAUGGAAUCGGCUUACUGGAAGCCAGACAUGCUGGAUUUCUAUCGUGGACUUUGUUUGGGAUGGGGAAAAAAGAAAAAAAAAUAACAAAAAGAAAAGGACAUCUUUAUAAAAACAUAAUUUUUAAAAUGAAACCAGACACAAAGUCAUAUUUAUUUUGCUCUUGUUUUCCA